AUGGCAUCGAAAGGUGUAAUUGUCGUCUAUGGUAUGACAUUAUCAACAGCUACUCAACGUGUAUUAGCUACACUUAUAGAAAAAAGUCUCGAUUAUGAAUUGAAAGUAAUCAAUUUGAUGAAUGGUGAACAUUUGACUCCUGAAUAUCUACAAAAACAGCCAUUCGGUACUAUUCCUACAUUGAUCGAUGCAGAUGGUUUCAAAAUUUAUGAAUCACGAGCUAUAUGUCGUUAUUUGGAAACAAAAUAUAAAGGACGUGGUACUGAAUUAAUUCCAAAAGAUAGUAAAGCUUUAGGUUUAUUUGAACAAGGUGUAGCAAUUGAAACAUCAAAUUUUGAUUCAUUAGCUGGUCAAAUUGUCAGUGAAAAAAUCUUUAAAAAAAUGCGUGGUGGCGAACCAGAUAUGAACAAAGUAGCACAACUUCGAAGUGAAUUAGCUGAAAAUUUAGAUGUUUAUGAAAAAAUUUUAACAAAACAAUCAUAUAUUGGCGGAGAGACAUUUACACUCGCUGAUUUAUUUCAUUUACCAUAUGGUGCAAUGCUUAUUAAAGCUGGUGAAAAUGAACUUUUCGAUUCUCGUCCACAUGUCAAACAAUGGUGGAAUAAAAUUUCUAAUCGACCUGCAUGGAAAUCAGUUGCGGCUAUGAAUUAG